UCUCCUUUAGUCUGUUUAGUCUGCCACUCUGCAGAUGUGAUCUCAACAUUAUAUCGCACCAUUUCUCCAUAAAUACUUUACUGAAUAACUUGGAUACUUUGAAACUUUUUACUCCAUUCAUCAAACGCUGGAACAAAAAUCACCUCAAGGUCCCAACUGAAAAGAAUUCAGACUAAAUCAGGAUGUUGACCACUGCAGCUCUUAUUUUCAUUAUCACCAGUAAAGUUGUCCUAGGAUGGGAUUACAGACAGGCUGUUAUAUCCCAAUCACCAAUAUAUCUAUUAAAUAUGUCAGAGAGUUCAGUUGAUGACCGGUAUGAUGGUUGUACAGAGAAGAUGGCAAACCUGGUGAAGACAAAAUAUCUAUCUGAAGAAAUCACUGCUAACAUAUCAGGCUUUGGAACUGCUUGGAUGACCAGUGAAGGAAAAAUCCCUGAACCAGAAGAAAACUUAAAUAGAAACCAUUUAAUUGCCAUUUCCGUGUACACUGGUCGUACAGUAUAUACUCGAUUCAAUCAGGAUGUUAGGAGUGGUAAACUUAAAUACAAAAACAUGAAAUACGCAUGGUAUUCACUUCACUUUUUGUUGACAGAAGCGAUACAGAUUUUAAAGAAAACACAACAGGGAUGUAAAUUAACUUAUCGUGGGACCAGUGUUAGGUUUAAUGAAAGUGUUCUGCACAAAGAGAUUCGUUUCGGCUUUUUUGCGUCCUCCUCUCUUUUGACUGAAGAAGCAGAGCAGUUUGGAAGUGAAUCUUGUUUUGAAAUCAAGACUUGUCAUGGCGCUGCAGUGGAAAUUUACUCUGAGUAUUCUGAUGAGAAAGAGAUACUGAUUCCUCCAUAUGAAAAGUUUAAAGUGACUGAAAUCAAGAAGGAUGACUGGUGUAAGACUGUGUUUGUGUUGAAGAGCUCUGGAAUAAGAAGUGACUUAAACUGUGCAGUGGCAUCAGCCGAGUCCCAGAUAUAUCACAGAUGUCUGUCGCUGUGGCUGACCAGCUCUUACAUAUUCAUUCAUUUCUCUUUUUUGUAUUAAAUAUUACUUUCACUUCUUAUUGAGACCCACACAUAACAUGCUGAAAAAAAUGAUAUCCUGACCAUGCAUUAAGAAUUGAUUCCCACAAUUUAUUAAUACAUGAGCAUAUUUUAAAAGUUAGCUCACAACAGCAAUGAUGUGGUUACUCAGUACAAAGUGUGUGCAACAAGGUUUUGUAUCAGACAAGAUUUUUAAUGUAGCUCCUAUGCUGGCCAUAGGCUUACGAUUAACUUGUGGGAACCGGUAUUCUUUUUUUUUUUUUUACAUUAUUGCACAAUUCAGAAAACCUUGUGUUUAAGUUCUAGGUUCAGUUGUGUAGACUCUAACUGCUUAAAGUUAAGUAUAGUGUUUUACUUGUUUUCUUUUUUUGAAAACUGGUCAGAGGUGUUUAUUGCAACAGAGCAUUGCUAACACUUUUUUGUGUAACUUACUGUAUGUUCAAUGUAUCACUUUACUUUAGCUGCUCUCAUGCCAUGUUUGAACUUGUUACAGAAUGAGCUAAUAAAAUAUUUCAAAUCAA